AUGUCCGAACAAUCUAAAUGUCCGUAUAAAGGUUCUGAAGGGAACUCAUCGUUUCCUUCGGGAUGUCCUGUUUUGAGAUCCGAAGGGGACUCCAUUAACCCACUGAACAUGAUGCCAAAAGAAAACCAAAACCCCAGUCCUGGCCAACCAUUCAGCCUCUCUACCGAGCGAAAGGUUUCCAGCAUCCCCAAAGCAGUUGUAAAAGAAAAUGAGAAUCCUCAUUGGGUUUAUCCUUCAGCACAGAUGUUCUGGAAUGCCAUGCUACGUAAGGGGUGGCGUUGGAAGGAUGAUCAAAUUAGUCCAGAGGACAUGGACAACAUCAUCAACAUUCACAAUGCUAAUAAUGAAGCUGCAUGGAUGGAGGUGCUAAAGUGGGAAGCCAUGCAUUACAAGACUUGUCAAACUCCUCGACUUCGUAGUUUUGCAGGCGAUGCAACAAAAUACUCUCCUCGCGCCCGUUUUAGGCAUUGGCUGGGCUAUGAACUCCCUUUUGAUAGACAUGACUGGAUUGUAGAUAGAUGUGGCCGUGAUGUCCGUUAUGUUAUUGACUACUAUGACUCGCAAAAGGUUGAUCCAGAUUAUAAUUUUGCGCUUUUGGAUGUUCGGCCGGCUUUAGACUCAUUCUCUGCUUUCCGAGAUCGUCUCAAAGUUGCAUGGAUGCGGUGGCGUUUCCCUGAUCCUCCUCCCAAAUCCUCGUCAUCAUUUUCUGGUCGUGAAUAG